CUCAGAUCAGACGUGGCUGCCGGGAGCCCUGCCUGUCAGUUGGGAUUCUCCUCUCACCAGCUCUGUGAACGUGAACAGGCCUUUGCAGCACCCAGGCCCACCCUGUCCUUGUGCACAGCAGGCAGGCAGGCCCGCUGCACACCAUCUCACGCAGGAGGAACUGGCUCCCUGUGAGGGGCGUGGCUGUUGGCCUGGACUCCUAUAAGUAGCCGAACCUGCCCUGCGCUGCAUUAGUGGAGACAGCAGGAAACCGGCCACUCACUCUCACAUCUGGGACGGAGCUGGGUCUGCACACACACAGCAAGGUGCCUGCCCGGCUGAAGCCAUGAGGGUCCACAACCUCACCUUGCUCUCACUCCUCCUCCUGGCCACUGAGAUGCUCACGCAGAAGGUCAAAAAUGGAGCACAGCACAGACAGAGCAGCGUAACGGAUGGGGACUCAUCGGUUCCCCUGGACCAGGCCCAGGACAAGCAGCGAAGCCGAACCUCCAAGUCCACAACCAGAGGCAAUUUUGUCAGCAAAGACCAAGGAGCCAGCUGCACGUGGGCCAUGACAGAGCAGCGGCUGGGAACUGCCCUGAGGGUGGAGUGCACUCAAGCACAGCACAAGUUUUCCUGCGUCUUUGACGGCAACCCCACCGAGUGCCUGCAGCGCCACAGCCAGAAGGUCUACUGGAAACAGAUUGCCCGGACACUGCGCAAACAGAAGAACAUCUGUGGGGACUCAAAGAAUGUCCUGAAGGCCAAAGUGUGCAAAAAGAACUUCCCAGAAUCGAAUCUCAGAUUGCUAAGCUCCACUGUGCUUGAGAGCAUGGGGCCCAGGGAGGGGGCGCCAAAGCUGUCCCCCGUGGAGCACCCCAUCGUCAAGGGGACUCCCUCCAAGGAGUCACACAAGACCAAAGAAGACAUCUCCUCCACCCCAGCAGUGAGCAAGGCUGUGACCACCCGAGACCCCAAGUGUCUGGAUGACCCAGACAUGGAAAUGCAGAGGAAGACGGCGCUGGACUUCUGCGGGGAGUCCUGGACCUCCCUCUGCACGUUCCUCCUCAACAUAUUUCAGGGCAGCUCCUGCUAG